AUGUACCAACUCAAGUUCAGGAAGCUACUGGUCGGACUGCAAAAGCUACUAGUUGAUGAUAGCAACUGCCCGCGAGACUCUUUUCUUCAUUACUACGCCUGCUGUGACGACAAUCCGUACCAGUGCUGCUUCCAUUUUGAGACAUGGGCAGUCCGUGUUAUGUAUAACACCGAUCAGCGAUCUUAUUGGAGCAAGAUAGGGGUCGCAGUUGCAUUCUUGACUGUAAUCCUUUUGGGCAGCCUAGCACCAAUUACGAAGAAUGAAGGAAUAGAAGGCUUGGUUGAGUCGAAGGUAAAGCCUGUGGCCAUUAGAGAUAGCGGAUUUGGGGGCCCCGGCGCCAUAGCCGCUUUGCAUUAG